AUGGCUACCAAAACCAUAAAAAAUCCUAGUGAUAUUGUUGAUGAUAAUUGUGAUGUCUUGGUUACAUCUUCAGAAUUUAUAGCAGAAAAAUUAUAUUUUGUAGUUCUGAGAACUCCUUACAAACCUCAUUACACUCAAAAUAUUCAUUUUUUUACAAUUGAUGAAGAGUUAAAAUAUGAUCCUUUUCUCGAGGACUUUGGCCCUUUAAAUUUAGCAUUAUUAUACAGAUAUUGCUAUAAAUUAAAUUUUAAAUUAAAAGCACCCAGUUUGCUUAAUAAAAAAAUAGUACAUUACACAACUCUUAAACCGAAAAAAAGAGUAAAUGCAGCUUAUUUAGCUGGGGCCUAUGCUAUUAUUUAUCUUAACAUGAGUCCAACUGAUGUGUACAACAAGCUGAAUAAAAAAGAAGCUCCUCCAUUUCGAGACUUUAGAGAUGCAUCCAAUGGUUGUGCCCUUUAUGAAAUCUCUCUUUUAGACUGUUUAAAUGCAAUUUAUCAAGCUCAUAAGUUAAAAUUUUUUGAUUUCGAUGAUUUUAAUGUUAACGAGUAUGAAUAUUAUGAGACUGUUCAAAAUGGAGAUUUAAAUUGGAUUGUCCCCAAUAAGUUUUUGGCAUUUGCCGGUCCACAGUCAAAAGAUUAUGUAAAUUAUGGUAAAAAUCGAAUAUUAAAUCCUCUGAUUCGAACUCCCGAGUCUUAUGUCAGAUAUUUCAGGGAAAAUAAUGUUACAACCAUAGUAAGGUUAAAUAAUAAACUGUAUGAUGCUUCAAAAUUUACAAAGGAGGGUUUUACUCACGUUGAUUUGUUUUUCAUUGAUGGAAGUACGCCAAGUGACGAUUUGGUAAAUAAAUUUUUAACUGUGUCUGAAACAUCGAGUGGAGCUGUAGCAGUUCAUUGCAAAGCUGGUCUCGGAAGAACUGGAUCAAUGAUAGCUUGUUAUUUAAUGAAAUGGUAUAGAUUUACUGCUAGGGAAGCAAUUGCUUGGAUUAGAAUUUGCAGACCAGCUUCCAUAAUAGGUCAUCAGCAAGAAUGGUUGGAAAUAACUUUAAAAAAUAGAUUCUUAUUUUUUUUUAUUUUUAGGAAACAAUAUGAAUUGUGGGCUUUGAAUUCUAAACUUACCUCACCGAAACAUAGUUUUGGUAUAUACAGUUACAAUGAAAAAUCCGCAUCGAGGAAAAAAGUAGGCGGAGUUGGUGGAGCUUUGAAACCUGCCAAAGCUGCGAAAGCUUUGCCCGUCGAUAACAUUUCGAGAAUCGCAAAUAAAGUCGAUAAUAUGACGAUCGAAAAUGAAAAAAGUGAAAAUAAAAAUGAGGAUAUUAAUUUGAAAAAGAUUUGUUCUAGAAUAACGGACAAAAUGGAUUUCAUGUCGAUUGGAAACACGAAUCGAAAAGACGAAAAUAAAAACGAAGAAUUUUUCGAAAAGGAUUCUUCGAAUUUGGAAAAUUAUUCUUCUUUCGGACAAUAUUCUUCCGUCGAACAGGGUGACAUGUUAAACGAAAUAAAAGCAAAAAGAAUAUCGAGAAAUCACGUGCCAAAGGGUAUUAGGAAAAAUUGGGGAGGAAAUUCGAUGAACGGGGUAAAAAAAGUCAUAGUCGUAGAUAAAUUAAAUUUAACACAUUCUAGGCGACCAUUGACGAGAUCUAAAACCUCACAAUGUUCUUCGUCUAAAAAUAACGUCAUUAAUGAAAAUACAAAAUUAAAUUUUAAUUGUUCUACUUCGGUGAAAACUAAUGCCACGCCGACACUCAAUAUGACACUGAGGAGCAGCAAUAAAAUAUAUUCUCUCCGGCGCCCGAGGACACCGGAAACUCGUUUGUGUAAAGCAUCGUCGGUCAGUGGAAAUGUUAAAAAAAAUGAAGAAAAACAACAAAAUUGGAAAUUUUCUUCGCAAUCGAAAUUUACCAUAGUGGAAUGCGUACGUGACGAUUCUACGGAUUCAUCAGUUUUGACAAAAUUUUACAAUUCGAGAAAAGUCAAACCUUACGUGCCGAUAGAGAAUAAUAAUGGCGGUUGUUGUUUGGCUUUGUACAAUGGAAAAGUCGGUAAAGGUUACGCGACCGAGAAAUGUAUAAACAAACGUGAAAAUUGGAAGAAAAAACGAAACAAUAAUAAAAUGGAGUAUCAAAAAUUUCGAAACGAAUAA